CAGAGUCAUUUUCCUGCGUUGUCUGGCUUCAAACCAGGAUCCUUAGAUUUCAGCCUUCUGAGUAGCUGGAGUACAAGUGUGAGCCGCUGGUGAACAGCUAUGUCUCCUUGUUUUCUGAUUACUACUCUUACACUUGUGUUGAAGCUGUGGACUGACAGGACAGGGCAUCUGGGAAAGGAAGUGUUGUAAAACUUGAUUCCAGUCAGUCUGGCCAGUGUGUAUGGAUGACAGCAUCAGAUUCAUCAGGAUGAGUACGUGUGGCCCACCAAGCCUCCUGGAGCUGGCUAUACAGAAUCUGCUGAAGGAUGAUGCUUUGGUCAUUGCUGCUCUGGAAGAGCUGCCUGUAGAGCUCUUCCCACCUCUGUUCAUGGCAGCCUAUACUGGGAAACACAAUGAGAGUGUGAAGAGGAUUGUGCAGGCCUGGCCCUUUCCCUGCCUCCCUCUGGGGUCCCUGGUGAAGGGAGGACAGACACACCAGGAGAACUUCCAAGCUGUGCUCAAUGGGCUUGAUGCCCUGCUUGCUGAAGACAUUUGCCCUAGGCAGCAGAAACUGCAAGUGCUGGAUCUGUGUCAAAAAACUACAUGGUCUUGUAGUAGGAAUGGUAUGUGCUCACUGUCCCAAGCCAUCCUGCCAUUGAUGAAGGUAAAGGUGGAUGGAUCCAGUAUGGGGGCAAAAGAGCCCAGGGCUCCUCUGAAGGUGUUCAUAGAUCUCUACCUCAGUAUUGGCAGCCAUGAUGAAUGGCUCACAUCUCUUAUUGAAAAGGCCAAGCAGUGGAAAGGUUUACUACACUUAUACUGUAACAAGUUGAGUAUUUUUGCAUUGUCCAUGCAGAAUAUGAAGGUCUUGAAAGUUGUGAGGCUGUAUUCUGUCCAGGACUUGGAACUGAUCUGUAACUGGAAAUUGUCCGUCCUGGGGAAGCUUCUUUCUCUUCUGCCAUACAUGGGUAAAUUGCACAGACUCUUCCUGUCUCAGACACAGAUGUCCCAGUGUAGUUCCUGGGAGGAGGAGGAGCAGUUUGUGGAGACAUUCAGCUCUCAGUUGCUCAGUCUGCAUCACCUCCAAGAGCUUCAUUUGGAAUCUAUCAGCUCCCUUGAAGGCUCCUUGUGCAACCUGCUCAGGUGUCUGAAGAGCCCCUUGAAGAUUCUCUCUCUCACCAAUUGUCUGCUUCUGGAAUCAGACUUGAUGAAUCUGUCCAAGUGCCCCAGUACAAGACAGCUAAGGGGACUAUGUCUAAAUAGGGUUCUCCUGAUGGAUAUAAGUUCUGAGACCCUGGAAGCACUGCUAGAGAAUGUCUCAAGCACCCUCCAGGUCCUGAGCCUAGAGGAAUGUGGGAUCAUGAACCUUCAACUCACUGCCAUUCUGCCUGCCCUGAGACACUGUUCCCAGCUCACAACCUUUAGCUUUUCUGGGAACCCCAUCUCCAUAAACGUGCUGUUGCGUGUCCUGCGCCACACCAUUGGGCUGACCAAGUUAAGGCAUGUGCGAUAUCCUGCCCCAUUGGAGUUUUAUGAGCAUGUUGGAGAUGGGUUGCUUGCCACCCUACACGCCAAGCUGAUGCAAAUGCUACAAGAGUUGGGGCGGUCAGACAUGGAGUGGCUCAGUGGCAAACCCUGUCCUCAUCGUGAGUGGCCCUUCAGUGACCUGUGGCCCAUGCCUUGGUAGUGUCUGCACAGGUAAGUGGCCAUGUCCACAGCUUUAUUGAGGGCAUGUGGACACUGAAACCCACAAAUCACAGAAGCAACAGUUACAAAGAACUACUCAUGGUAAGCAGGAAAAGGAAAGAUGAUCAGGGAUAGAAUUUAGAUAUUGACUUGGGGUAGUGUGGUUAUUGUCAAAAAUAUUCUAAAGAGUUACAAAUGAGAAUCUGAAGUUUUAGAUGGGUAGAGCAAUGUAUAAGAACUGCACCUACAUGGAUGAAUGUAAAGAAAUAGCCACAAUUAAAGGAACCUUAAUAUAAAUUA